UUUCUUGUUAAUCUGUGGAUUAUUAUGGAUUAUUAUUAUUAUUAUUAUGGCCUAAUCCAAACUGCAUCAGAGGGAUUUGGGGAAUAGCUGCCCACACUGUUGAUGAUGAUGAUGAUGAUGAUGAUGAUGACAGAGAAAAGCGAUGGUUUCCCUUCGUUAUGAUUUUGAGUAGAGAGGAGUUAAUUACAUGGAGACUCGCCUGACAUGCCAAGGAAGGAGUUGCCACUACCUGAGGGUUGGGAGGAGGCCAGAGACUUUGAUGGCAAAGUCUACUACGUUGACCACAUCAACCACUGCACCAGCUGGAUCGACCCCAGAGACAGGCAGACGAAGCCUCUGACGUUUGCUGACUGCAUCGGGGAUGAGCUGCCGAUCGGUUGGGAGGAGGCGUACGACCCCGCCGUCGGAGCGUACUAUGUCGACCACAACACCAAGAGCACCCAGCUGGAGGACCCGCGGGCCCAGUGGCAGCGGGAGCAGGAGUUCAUGCUGCGGGACUACCUGGCUGUGGCGAGCGACGCACUCAGCGCCCAGAAGGAGAUUUACCAGGUGAAGGAGCAGAGGCUCCGCCUGGCGCAGCAGGAGUACCGGCAGCUCAACGAUGCGUGGCGGGACAAGUCCACGUCACAGACCAGCUUGAAUUCUAGAUCGUCGUCGUCCAGCAAGUAUGACCCAGACAUCCUAAAAGCAGAAAUAUCCACAGCCAAAAGUCGGGUGAACAAGCUGAAGCGGGACCUGGCCUGUAUGAAGCAGGAGCUGCAGUACAAAGAACAAGGCUACGAGACCCUCAAAGAGAUUGACCUGAAGGUGUCCAACAGCCCAUAUGGCUACAAGCUGCAGGAGGCGCAGACCAUCCUCAGCGAGGUCCGCUCCAUCCGAGACGCCAUCAGCACUGGAGAGAAGGAGAAACAGGAACUCAUGCAGAAACUGGCCGUGUUGAAGGACAGUUUCCAGCUGGACUCGGGCUCCCAGCAGGAGUUGUGGGGCAGCAGUCCCUCGCUCGCCAACUCUGAGCUGUCCAUCCCUCGGCUUUACACCGACGCCGGCUCGCAGACCGACAUCCCCGCCGAGUUCAUGACGAGCACCAACAAACUGGCAGAGAAGGUUCGUCUGAGUCUGAAGUACGAGGAGGCCAAGAGAAGGAUCGCCACCAUCGAGGUGCAGAUCGCCAAACUGGACAGCGAGGCGUGGCCGGGGCUGCUGGACCCGGAGCGGGACCGCCUCAUCCUCAUCAACGAGAAGGAGGAGCUGCUGAAGGAGCUGCAGUACGUCAGCCCCCGCCAGCGCCUGCAGCCCAACGACGCAGAGAAGCUGGAGUCUGAGAAGAAACGCCUGGAGAAAGACCUGCAGGCCGCCAGGGACAACCAGAGCAAGGCCCUGACUGAGAGACUGCGACUUCACUGCAAGAGGAACAAGCUGGUCAGAGAGCUGGAGGAGAUGGUCCGACUGGCCUCAUCACUACAUACUCAACUCAAAAGCCUGUCGGCCAGCACUCUGUCCUGUUCGUCCGGCAGCAGUCGAGGCUCUCUAACGUCCAGCCGCGGCUCGCUGGCCACCACCUCCAGCCUGGGCUCCACCUCCUCCCUCAGCUUCACCGACAUCUACCUGGAACAGCCGGAGCUGGCCGACCCGGACUUCCAGAACAAGCUGGACAGCCUCCUGCAGGAGGGCGGCCAGGGAGGCUACCGCCCCUCCAGCUCCAUCACCACCAUACAUGAACACGAAGUGGUGACGGGCUCCGGAGGGAGGCACGCUGAGAGGCCUGAGGGAAAAGCAGGAGUAGACGCGGUGUGUUCUGCUGGAGGAGGUGCAGGAGGAGGCGUCGGCGGUGUCGGAGCGGAGUCGGGGUCAUCCAGGAUCCAGGCGCUCAGACAGUCAGAAACCCCCCGCUCUAUGAGCUCUUUAUCUCCUCGGUCGUCUCUCUCCUCGCUGUCUCCGCCGUGCUCGCCGCUGGUCACGGACACUAGUUUCCUUUCUGGAGAGACAUUCACAGGCCAGACGGGGCCCGGCGGGCUGAGCCUGGAUCUGGAGCUCCACAGUAGGCUAGCGGAACUUGAACUCAGCCUGGACUCUCAGGAGCAGCGGCAGGAGGAGCACGGGGGUCCAGGGAGGUCGGAGGAGAAGCAGAACCACAACACAGCGCUGGGCGAGGAGGUCAAAGACUCGGUUCCCCAACUGCGGGGGACGGGGGCGGGGCCAAUGAAGAUAGGCGUGACCUCAGCGGUGUCUGACGAGUCGGUGGCCGGGGACAGCGGUGUGUACGAGCCUUCGGAGCGCAGGCCGGGCCUCCCUGCAGACCUCCUCCUGAGCUCCUACGAGGAGCGGUUGGCGCUCUCCUGCUCCCAGGUGCAGCUCGGCUUCCGCUACGAGUCCAGAGACCAACGCUUCACCAUCUACGUCAUGCAGCUAUCCAACUGCAGCGCCCUCUGUCUGCCCGCUGACCAGAAAAUAUAUGUACGUUCUGCGGUUCUGCCCUGCGUGGAAACCACCCGCUGCCUCUUCCGAACACGCGGCUCUCUGCCUCAGGAUGUCGUGGAGAUCAACGAGGUGUUCGGCAUGCAGAUAUCCCACAGUGCAUUGCGGCACAAGACACUGAGGGUCGACGUCUGCAACACCAGCAAGUCGGGCCAUGAAGAGUGUCUGGCGGGGGCCCAGAUCAGCCUGGCCGAUGUCAGCUGUUCGGAGGAGAGAUGCACCAAGUGGUACAAUCUGCUGAGUCGUGCCUACAUGCGCGAGAUCAACAAGGACAAAGAGAGCAGAACAGCCGGCGGCUCUGAAAGGACUCGUGUUUCCAGCAGUGACAGAGUCGGAGCUCCCGAUGACAAUGAGUGGCACGGCGACGCUCUGGACAUGUUUGAUGACGAGGAAGGAAAUGGCGUGGAGGGAGUGGGACCUCUGGAGGAAGAGGACGGGUUUUAUCCUGAGAGCAGCCAAUGGGAAGCAGAGGAGGAGGAGGAGGAGGAGGAAGAGGAGGAGGAAAAGGUGACCAAACCUCCAACAGCAGCAGCCAUCACAGAAAAGGUGAACAAGGAGACGAGCAUGGACAACUUGUCGUCCCACCACUGCUCGGUGGUUCGACCCAAGGAACGCCGUCCGGACGUCCACCAGCAGAACCCCUUCAUGAGGGGGAACACCAUCAUCCGCUCCAAGACCUUCUCUCCCGGACCUCAGAGCCAGUACAUCUGCAGGAUUAACCGCAGUGACAGCGACAGCUCCACCCUCUCCAAGAAGUCUCCAUUUGUCCGGAACGCUUCGGAGAGACGCAGCAUGCGCAUGAAGAAGCCUCCUAUGCAGGUCAAAGGUCUGGACGGUCUGCUGCGGACGUCCAUGGACCUGGAGAUGGACCUGCAGGUGUCCCGGACGCGGCAGUCCCGGCUGGCUCAGGAGCUGCGGGUGCUGCGGGAGCUGAAGUCGCAGCUGGAGAAGGCGAGGCAGCAGGGCCAGAGAGAGCUGCCGGCCUGGGUCCAAGAAGACGAACGCUUCAGACUCCUCCUCAAGCAGGCCGAGAAACAGACCCGUGAGGAGCAGCUGCAGGAGAAGCGGGUGGAGAAGAUGAUGAGGGCGGCAGCCAAGGACGUCCACAAGAUCAGGGGCCAGAGCCGCAAAGAGGUCCCCGAGGUCCAGACCUUCAGAGAGAAGAUGGCGUUCUUCACACGAGCAAAGACCAGCAUCCCCGACCUGCCGGCCGACGACGUGUAGAGAACCAUUUCAAAGUAUUUCUCCCCCCCCCUCCUCCAGUCUUAAACCUGCUGUUCCCAUUCAAAUGAAGCAAACGUUUGGCGGUGUUAUGAAGAAUUUAAAAAAAACCCAACCAUAAUGAUUUGUUAAGUAGAGAAAAACACUCUAAAAACGUGAAGAAACACGUUUUUUAAAGAGCUCAACGUUUCUUAUGUGGAUAGUCUUUGUUUGUAAAUUAGUGAUAGCACUGCUAGAGCUUUCUUUUUUUAUUAUUAUUAUUAUUAUUUCACUCUCUCUUCCACUUUGUGUAUAGUUGUGUUUCUGUUACUAACAGGCUAUUUAUAGGCUCUUAGGUGUUUAAAAUCAUUCCAGCACAAAGUCACACGGUCACACAUGUGCAUACAAAGAGUUUUGUACUAAAAUGACACAUUUGGACAAACAGAUAUAUAUGUAUAUAGCACAAAACAAUGGUACUGAAGCAAAAUAAGCAACUUAAGCUGAUGAUAACACAAAAUAAAUAUCUAAAGUUAAGAGACAUGUAAUAUUGCCCUUCCAGUUUUUGUGUUUUUUUUUUUUUAAAGCAUUUUGAAAACUUUAUGCACAGACAAACAUAAGCACACCUGAAGCUUGUCUGCUGUGAACAAUAUAGAAAGCACAGAUGGUUCAAAAUCAGCAUCAUCAUCAUCAUCAUCAGCAUGCCUUCUGUUUGAGCUCCGGCCUCGUUAGCUGAAUGCUACGACAGCAAGAGAGGAAAACUGGAUUGUUUCUUUACUUUACAAACACUGUUGAAUGAACUGGAUGUGAUGAUUCAAGAGGUGAGAUUCUUCUCACUUCAGGUCAAAAGUAUAAGAAAGUAAUCAUGAUUGUCUCUCAACAGUUACACACACACACACACACACACACACACACA